AUGGCGGACACAGUCAGGUACCUGCUGGAGGAGAUGGUGCCGGAGCUGGAGGCACUGGAGGCGCGCGGCUACUUCUCCCGCGCCGAGAUCCGCGCCAUCGUGCAGCGCCGCCAGGACUUUGAGUACGCGCUCAAGCGCAUGGCGGCGGUCAAGGAGGACUACCUGAGGUACGUCGCGUACGAGAGGCAGCUGGACGAGCUGCGCGAGGCGCGGCGCUCCUCCCGCGGCAUCAGCGGCAAGCGCGGCCUGGCGGAGUGGUGCAUCACGCGCCGCAUACACUUCAUCUACGAGCGAGCCACACGCAAGUUCAGGGGCGACCUGGGCCUGUGGUCGCGCUGGCUGCGCUUCUGCGCGUCCAGCCGCAGCGGGCGGCGCAUGUCGCGCGUGCUGGCCAAGGCACUGCAGCUGCACAGCGGCUGCGCCGCGCUGUGGGCCUAUGCCGCAGCCUGGGAGCUGGAGCACAACCUCAACGCGGGGGCGGCGCGCGCGCUCAUGCAGCGCGGACUGCGCAUGUGCCCCCACGCCCCCGCCCUUUGGCAUGAGUACUUUAGAAUGGAGCUGGUGUACGCUCUGCGCCUGCGGGAGCGGCGCCGCGUGCUGGGCAUCGACGCCGGCGACGACGCGGCGGCGGCGGCGGAGGACGCCGCGGCAAGCGGCGACGACGGUGGCGGCGACGGCACGGGCGGCGAGGAGGGCGACGAGGGCGGCGGCGGCGGCGACGAGUCGGCGGCGGCGGUGGCGGCGGUGCUCAACGGCGCGGUGGCGGGCGUGGUGUUCCGCUCAGCCAUCGCCGCCGUGCCCGCCUCGGUGCCCUUCCGCGCCCGCUUCCUGAAGCUGCUGCGCCCGCUGCACUUCCCGGGCAGGGCCGCGCUGGAGGAUGCUGUGUAUGACAGCGUGGCCGCCGACUUUGGCGGCAGCCCCGAGGCCUGGGACCUGCGGGCACGGCGGCAGGCGCUGGCGCUGGCGCCCGGGGCGCCCCCCGCUGCGCGGCGCGCCGCCGCCGCCGCCGCGCUGGCGCUGACGGCCGCGCUGCUGCGCUUCCUGCAGCAGCAGCUGCGGGAGCUGGAUGAGGAGGGCGGCGGCGGCGGCGGCGCGGCGGGGAGGGCGGCCGGCGAGGCAGCCGGCCAUGCGCAGCAGCAGCAGCGGCGGCAGCGAGCGGCCGAGGCGGCUGAGCUGGCGCGGUGGCUGGUGCAGUGGUCGCGGCGGGUGUAUGAGGAGGCUGGGGCGGCGGGGCUGCUGACCGAGGAGCUGCGCCUGCAGGGCAUCGCUUUCUUCCUGCACCAGGGCGAGGUGGAGGCGGCGGCGGCGGCGGCGCGCGCCGCGGUGGCCGCGCUGCCGCACUCUGCGCCGCUCUGGCAGCAGCUGAUUGCGAUUCAGGCGGUGCUGGCGGCAGACCAGCUGGCGGGGGACGGGGGGCAGCAGGCACAGCAGGCCCGGCAGGGCGCCGGCAGCAGCGACGACGACGACGACGAUGAGGCUGCCGCCGCGCAGGCGGCGGCGGCGCUGCCGGGUACCGCCGCGACCGCCACGCGGCACAGCAGCGCCCCAGCGCAGCGCCGGCUGGAGGAGGUGGUGCUGCACGCGCUGUGGGCGGUGCCUGCCGCGGACGCGGCGCCGCUGUGGCUCACCGCCGUCGGCGUGCUGUGCGGCGGCGGCUGCUCGCUGCAGGCGCUGUCGCAGCAGAUGGUGCAGGCGGCGCUGCGCCAGCCCAAGGGGCCUGUAGAGGGCGGCCUGGGCGUGGCGGCUGCCGCGCUGCUGACAGCGCUGGCCCGGGCGGGCGGCAUCGAGGCGGCCCGCAGCCUGUACCGCGCCCUCCUGCCGCUGCCGCCUCCGGGCGGCGACUUCUUCCGCUGCCUGCUGCAGCUGGAGAUGCAGGAGGAGGCGGCGGCCGCCGCAGCGGCGGCGGCCACAGCAGGGAGCCAGCCCACGAGCGGUGGCAGCACCGCAGGCCCCGGCGCCCCCCUGCCGCUGCCCGCCUCCCGGCUGCGUGACUUGUUUGAGGCCGCCACCGGCGCGUAUGGCUCCGAGGACGUGCAGCUCUGGCUGCUGUACUGCGAGUGGCAGGCCAGCCGCGGCGCGACGGGAGAUGUGGCGGGGGUGUGCUGGCGGGCGCGCAAGGCGCUGCGCCAGCCAGAGGCCUUUGAGACCGCAUACCUCGUGCGCUUCAAGCUGCACCCCACCCUCAAGGCGGCAUAG